CAGAUACCCAGAAAAACAAAGUCGGUCGCUGACGAUUAUUAGACGAGUAAUACGCCGCGUAAAAAUUACCGAGACGGUCCCAGAUAUGGAGUUGUCAGUCAGGUUUGCUGUGGUGUGCGCCGGACUGUCUCUGCUCAUCUCCUGCCAUUCAGUCGAAGCCUGGUACAAGCAAUCCACCGGUCCCAGUUACUACUCGGUGGGUCGUGCCUCCGGUUUGCUGUCCGGUAUCAGGAGGUCUCCUUACGUCCGGAGGUCCGAGUCCGACGAGACGCUGAUUGACAGCGGGGAAACAGCGGGUAACAACGUGGUCCCAGAAAAUACUAGGCAGAUCUCCAUCCUCAGGAGCAUGGCCCUCUGUGUGAAGGACAUCUCUCCAGACCUGAAGAGCUGCGAGCUGCUGCGGGACGGGACGGGCACCUUCCAGUGCAAGGCGGACGUCUUCCUCACCCUGGACUCCCUGGACUGCCUGUCCGCGUGAGUCCCGCACGGACCGGCUGAAAGGGUCCUGGUCCUUCACCCAGCCCCGGAAGCGCUUCUCUGUAAAACGGGGGUUGGAGCUGGUGAGGGUGAUGGUGCGGAGGAAACCCCGAUCAUUAUCUCUGAUGGACGCUGCUGACUCUGAAUGUUUCCUUAUUUAAAAACACAAACCUUGUCCAGUUUUGCUUUGGUUAGGGGUUGGGGGGUGUAAAACCUGGGGGUAACUAAAAAUGUUUUAUUUCCAGACGAUUUCCCAUCUUAAAUGUUAAACCCCUGACAUGUAACCACCGUUGCCAAAAUGUAUUAAAUGUCCAGAAAGUUGACUGCAUAGUAGAUUUCCUGAAAAGCGCUUUUAUUUAUUUUA